CGAGCCAAUGAGUCAUGCUGCAUUAGAUUGUUGUACGUAGUGCUUAUACACUUGUACACUAUCGUUUAUUUUUCCUUCGGUGGCUGCUUUUGAUUCUACUUCAAACAGUUCUCUUUCUAUAGUCUCUCUCUCUAGGUCGCUGCUGAUCGCUUUAACCAUGUCUUUCAAAAUCAGAGGGACAAAUGCAUCCUCUGGCAUGGGGGUUGCUGAUCAAAGCAAAGCUACUUAUAUGGAACUGCAAAGGAAGAAGGUGCAUCGAUAUGUGAUAUUUAUGAUCGAUGAGAAGAAAAAUGAGGUUGUGGUUGAGAAAACUGGAGGUCCAGCUGAGAGCUAUGAUGAUUUCACUGCAGCUCUUCCUGAGAACGACUGCCGAUAUGCAGUAUACGAUUAUGACUUCGUGACACCUGACAACUGCCAAAAGAGCAAAAUUUUCUUCUUUGCCUGGUCUCCGUCUGUUUCCCGAAUCCGAUCGAAGAUGUUGUAUGCCACAUCUAAGGACAGGUUCAGGAGGGAGCUGGAAGGCAUACACUAUGAGAUUCAAGCUACUGACCCUACUGAAGUAGAACUUGAAGUGCUCAAAGAACGCGCUUACUGAUUGAUCAAACAUCCUACUAUGAACCAACCAUUCAUAAUAUUUCUGUGUAAUCGCGUCUUACAAGGCUCGAUCUACUUAACUAUAUUGGCAUAAAUAACUCGGCGCUUGGGUUGCUGAUUACCAGACGACUCAUGAUAGUAUAUAUAUCAUGUUUUCUGGUUAUGAGCUCGCUCAUUCUCAUGAUGCUUCCCAGUCGAGAAACGAGUAUGGUGUUCUGUAUGUGAAUGGUUAUCAAAUUCUUCAGUAUGUCUACGCAAUGAAUAUUAUGUGGUGUUAGUA